CUUACACACCUCCAUAUCCAAUCCAGGUUCCCCGAUUCCCUAAUGGAGAUGGCAUAUCCUCCUAUCCCCGAGAAUAUAUGGAGCCUUCAGGCUAUCGCCCAUGGCGUCUCUGGCGUCGUCUUUAAGAUUUCCGACUCAGCCGUUGUUAAGGUCGCUCUCGGCAAAAAGAAUCAAGCAGCCGUUGACAUCGAGCAUUCCAUCUACCGACGACUAGGCCACCACCCCUUAAUUACCAAGUUUCUCUACGAACAAAAUGGAAAGCUUGUCUUCGAACGUCUCCAAUACCCUUUACGCAAACGACUCUUGGACCUGUCCGACGCUGGGAGAGCCCCCCUUCUCAGAGAUGUCCUUCGUUGGGCUCUCCAGCUGGCGGAAGCACUCAGCUACGUCCAUUCACACGGUGUGAUGCAAGUGGAUAUUGGCGCUCAUAAUGCGCUACUUGACUGGAACGAAAAUGUAAAAUUAUCUGACUUUGCUGGGUCAUCUAUUGACGGAUCCUCUCCAACUGUGCUACCCAGCAGAAAAUCUCAAAACCCGAACCUUCCCGAGGACGAGCCUUCAGUUCACUCUGAGAUAUUCGCACUCGGCUCAAUGCUCUACGAGGUGGAGACGGCAAAGCAGCCGUACCAUGACAGGUCCGACUCUGGGCUUGAAAAGCUUUUCUCCAGAGGAGAUUUCCCGGAUACCAGCGCACUAGUACUCGGGGAGAUAAUCAAAGGGUGCUGGAAGUCGGAGUAUAAAACUGUUGACGAGGUGGUGAAGGAUCUUGGGCGUGUCCGGGACAAACAUCUAGAUGGCGAGAUGAUCACAACGACUACCACAGGCACCACACCAAAUGCAGCCCCUGAUGCGACGCCUGCCAACCAAACCUCCAGCGUUUUCGGCGGACUCUGAUGUUUCUCGGAGAAUCGAUCCUCGCUUGCUGUUAGAUAAACCCGGAUAAGGGCGGAAAAGGUUGAGGCCACAUGAUGAGCGCCUUUUAGCAUAAGCUGGUCAAAGAGCGCCUCAUGUACUAGAAACUUUGAUGAGAAGCCUGGGCUUUGGAGACAAUCAACCUGGGCUGCUAAUGCUAGCCUUUCCGCAUACCGAUGUCGCAGUAUCUUUAUGGG